AUGAUAUUAUACCAUUGCUCAUAUAUUCAUAGAACUGGAGAAAUCUGUGGUCAACGUAGUAAAUCAGAAAGAUGUUAUAUUCAUCGUAAUUCUCCAAUACCUACUCCUUGUAGAGAUUGUGUACAUGGAGGUAAGAAUGAUACUGGCCGUCAAUAUUUACGGCAAUUGGCAUGUAGGCAUAAGAUAGGCCAUGCUUCAUCAGUUGAACAUUAUGGUGUGAUGAAUAACAGACCAAUUGCUCCAACGACUAGAGAAAAAAAUACUAAGAUAUCAGAUAUUAUAGAUCUAUACAAUUACUAA